UGUCCCUGGGAGUUAUAAAUGUUGGUUCCUCAGAAUGACUUGAAGUUGAUCAUAUGUCUGUUAAGGCAGCUCUGCAGGGUGAGUUCUCAUCAGCGCACAUUCAAACAUUAUUAUAUCAUUUAUAUGAUUUAUAAUUAAUAUUAUUGGUCCAAUCUGAAAUCAGCAGGCUGCAGCUGGAACACAAACAUGUUUCUGUGAACGUGAAGUUGUUUUCUGUCUCUAGUUUAAAUGGUUAAAUAAGAAAAGUGUGUAAACAAUUUAAUCUGCAAUUAAUUUAAUAUUGUCAGUGUUUUAUUGAGUGACAACUGUCAACAUCAACAACACACACAGACACACACACACACACACACACACACACAUUAAACCUUAUAAACUGAAGCUGAGUCAUGUCAUGGUUGUGUUAGCAUCAUGUGGCUCAUCAUGGUUGUGUUAGUGUUGGUUGAGAGUGAACAGCUGUGGUACAAACGUCUGCUGGUCAAAAGUCCCCGGAGUCACAGUGUAGUUGAUUAUUAUGAAAUAUUUAAUUUUGAUAUGAAUGUUUAUCUAGCGUUAAAAUAGCGUGCUAACUCUUCUAACACGUGGACAGAUGUGUGUGUCGAGGUGUCUCCAGUGUGUCGGCGUCUCUCUGCUGCCAUUAGCUAUCGUCUGCAUGCUGUCCAACAUCUUGCUGCUGCUUCCUGAACUCAGCGUCCACUUCCUGUUGGAGGGUCAUGUGACCAGAGAGGCCACCUGGGCCACCGGCCUGUGGGGGUCCGGCUGUGUGGUUCUGUUCACAGCGUGUCGGCUCAUCCAGAGUAGCAGAACCACCGGCUGCUGCGCCUUCAGGACUCAGAUGUUGUUUCAGGUGGUGUACUCGUGUGUGUGUCUGCUGGUUUCGGGGUUCUGUUGCCUUGUCAGCGCCACCGGUCUCUCUCAGGGUCCUCUCUGUUUGUUCCACACAACCUCUGGUCCCACCUGGGGGGUCCCACUGCAACCUGUCCCCAACAGACAUGCAGGGUAUCUGUACAACAGGACCAUGUGGACCGGAGUGUGUCUGGAGCCCAGAGGUGUAGUUCAGUGGAAUGCAGUUCUGUUCAGCGUGAUGGGCGGUGCCAGUGGGCUGCAGACGGUCCUCUGUGGAGUCAGCAUCCUGAACACGGCGCUGGGACUGAUCCUGGGACGUGGCUUUGGCCACAAUAAGGUGAGUCCAGUCUCGGUCUGACCUCCUUCACUGAAUGAAGACCAGCUCACAGUGUCAAGUUGUAAGAACUUUUAUUUUGGUGGGUUUCCUAGAUUAAAGUUGUUUUUUCUGCACUUUAGGUAGAAAUAAUUUAGAUAACUUAAUAUUUAUUCAAUAAUAUUAAAAUUAGUUAUUGUUUUAUAUUAAAGUUUGUUUUACAGAAGCUCAGUGGAGCCAAUCAUUAGUUAACAAAUGAAUAAAACAAAUCAAUUAAGAAAUCAAUAAUGAUUCAUAUGAAAAAUAUUUCAUAAACUUUCCACAAUUUAAUAAUAAACUAAAUUACACAUUUAUAUUUAUUCAUUUGUGAUGAAUUUAUUUGAUCAGUUGGUUGUUUUUAAUUUGUUUUAUUUAAUGAUCUGUUAU